UAUUACUCCAUCUGAAUGAUGGGGGCAGGGAGAGGGAGAGAGAAAGAAAGAGAUAUUACAGAGUACCUGGCACUAUUCUACGGGCUUUAUAUAUAUUUACCUUUAUAGGAUAUGUGCCAUGACAUUCCUUAUUGUAAAGAUUAGGAAAUUGAGGCUCAGAGCUGUGAAGUGACUUGCCCAAGGUCAUAUAGCUAAUAGGUGAUACCACAUGAUAAACGUAGUAUAUUGCAAUCUGGAUUUUUUUUUCCUACUGGACAACAUGAUAAUCCAUUCCUUUAUUUAACUGGUGCUUUUUAAUAUUUGGUGUGUAUCACGCCUGGUGUUGGGAGAUUUUGCACAGAAUAGUAUCAGCCUCUGCUCUCAUGCAGUGGGGAGGUGGGGAGACAAUUAAAAAAGCAAAUAGGUGUGAUGUGCGCUGUAUGAUGGGAGAAGUUCUGGGGACUGAGGGGGCCCAGGGCAGUGCCUAAUCUAAUCUGGAGGUGGUCCACAUAUUUAUUUAUCAUCGUUGUUCAUGACUGCAUUCUCUCGAGUAACUUUUUAUUUUAGAAUCAUUUUAGAUUUAUGGUAAAGUUGUUAAGAAAGUACAGAGAAUUCCUCUAGGCUUGUACUCAGUUUCAUGUAAUUUACUAUCUUAUAUUACUAUGGACUGUUUGUCAUAACUAAGGAACUGGUAUUGGUACACGACUAUUAACUAAACUCCACACUUCUAAUCAGAUUUCCUUAGUUUAUUCCCUAAUGUCCUUUUUCUGUUCCAGGAUCCCAUCAAAGACACCAUGUUACCUUUAGUUGUCAUGUCUCCUGGGGCUUCUCUGGGCAGUGACGGUUUCUCAGACCUUCCUUAUUUUUGAAACCCUUGACAGUUUUGAGGGGUACUGGUCAGGUGCUUUGUAGAAUGCGCCUCGAUUGGGAUUUGUCUGAUGUUUUUCUCAUGGUUAGACUGCAGUUAUGGGUUUUUAGAAUAAAGACCACACAGGUGAAGUGCCAUUCUCAACACAUCAUGUUCAGAGUCCAUGCUAUCAACAUGAAUUAUGAUGAUGUUAGUCUUGAUCACCUGGCUGAAGUCAUGUGUGUCAGGUUUCUGUACUGAGAAGUUAUUCCUUACUCUCCUAAUUUGUAAUGUGCUUUUUAGAAGCAAGUCACAAAGUAUAGCUCACACUUAAGGAGUAGGGAGUUAUAUUCCAUUUCCUAGAGUGGGGCAGGAUUGCAUUUGUACAUUGCCUGGUUGUUCCACAACUCACUCACCAAAUAUCCUAUUGAUAGACAUUGCUAUUUUUCCAUUUUAUCAACUAUUACAAACAAAGUCACAUGAACAUCAUUUACAAAUGUUUUUAAACCCCUCAAAUUGUCUUCUUUAGAAUUAACCCCUCUAUAUAAAUUUGGGUCAAAGUAUAGACAUUUAAGGAAAAAAAGCUUUAAAUUUAUACUGGUAAAUUACUUUGCAGAACGGUAAUACCUAUUGGUACCCAUGACUAUCAGCUUCAUCAAACCAUAGCAAUAUUUUAUAUUAUUCUUUUUAAUUAUUAAUGAUUCAAUAAGCAGAGAAUUUAGGCAUGUAGUGGGUUACAAUUAAAAGAAGAACACGGAGCCAAAGUCCUGUUUUGACUAAGAAAUCAAAAUUGUACUUCCUUAUUUUAUAAUGAAACAAACUCAGGUUGACUAAAAAGUUAAUUCAAUGGGUAUUUGCUGGGCCAUGUGAUGAGUAGGUAAAUAGUCCCUACUCCCAAAGAUAUUUAAGCCUAGGGAUGAAGGCAACAUGAAAAAGCUCAAAUUAUUCAACAGGAAAAAGCUCAAAUUAUUCCUGCAAGUCAAAUAAUACUUACAAUUCAAAUUGUACUUACAUUUAUUCCAUUAAAAAUUCACAAAACACCUCUUUAGACUCUGUCUACAUGACUUUUUAUGCUGAAAAAAAGGCGGUGACGAUUGCUUGAAGUAUUUCUGUAGUGCUAAAAUUUAUUUAACAUGAAAUUUAGAGACCUACAUAGAUGGAGAGGUUAUUGGUGCAUGAAGAAACUCAUACUCCAAACAGAAAUUGUUUAUGUAAAUAUUGGACUCUGAACAGAUCUUUACUGAGGAAACCUGCCUUUGUGAGUUCACAGAUGCCAAAUGGGAGGUGAUUAUGAAAGAAUUAUGAGUUCCAAAAGGUAGUGUUAUGUGCACCUAAGUUUAGAUUCCUGAAGGGACCAAUUUACUAAUACUAAGUGUUUGAGUGCUAAAUGGGAUAUGGUGAAAACAGAACCACACAGAUUUAAUAAGUAUGGAAAUGAAUUUUAAAUAAAUAAUAGAAAUGUGGGUAUUUCAGAAGAUUGGGAUUUGUUCUAAACUCUAUACCUGUUGGGGAUGAUCAUAAUGUACUAUAUCUAGAUAUGUUAAACCAGAACAAAACAGAAAAAAUGUGUACAGUAUUAACAGCAAAAAUCUACUAGUUUUGUUGAACCAGACCGUGAAGAAUUGAUAAGAAAUUGGGAAUAAUUUUGAUACAAGCAAAAUCUCAAUAUUGAUUGUAAUUCCUUUCCCAGAGAGACAUUUUCAGAUGUUGUUCAGUGAAUACAAAGACUUAUUCCUAGUUUUUUCCCAAUGGUUCCUUGUGUCUCCCUUGCACAGAGGACUGUGCUGUUGAUGGUACAGUUUUAGAACAUGCAUGUAUCAGGAUGGCAAGAGGUGAAAUUUGAAAGUCAUUCCAUUAGAGUGAAAAACCCAUAAGAUUGUGGUUCUUCUCUUUCUUCUUUAUCCUUUGCUUUUUGGAAAUGCACUAUCUUCUUCAACAGAAAGACUAUAUCUGUAUUAUGUGAUGUUUUGGGGUUGUUGAUUUUAAGAGCUAAAGUCUUGGCCCAGUGUAAAGUACAGAGGACAAAGAGCUCUGGUUGCUCUCUGAAAUGAUGGCAGUUUUUUAGUUUCCAAAUCUAGUUAAAAAUCAUUCUUAGUAGUACAGGUAAGCAGGAAAAGGACCAAUAUUAUAGUCUUUCUUUAUGAGGUAAUUGUAGUGGUGGUCAGUAUUGUAGCCUGGGUUCAGGCAGUGAGUUUGUUUAGCGACAAUAUCCAACAUGUAUCCAGGGAAAUAACACCUGAAAGGAUCGAUGGAUAUGAAGCCCACUUAGUGGUGACACUGUGCCCCAGGACUAUACAUGGCCCCCAUAAAGCUAGAACAGUCUCACAUCAGAAUUCCUGCUUCAAAAAGCAGCACUAGGUGCCCUCUGACAUAGAAAUCUGUCACCAGCGCCAUUCUCCUUUCUAAAAUGAGUAUAUGUGAAAUGGAAUAUGUAUGCUAUCUAUGGAGUUUAUAAGUCCCUUUAGGGAUGAGGUUAAAGGUGGGUCUUUAUUUCCAUUUUAGAAGGUGAUCCCGGAAUUCUUUGUUUAUAUCAGUAGCCCAUCAGAUCCAAUCUGAUGAGUAUCACACUCUAAUCUGAAAGUUGAGUUUUUACUUUCCCUCCUACAAAUGGAUUGGUUAAUCCAUUUUAGACAUAAAUCAUUAGAAAAAAAAUCUAUUUUCAGUGAUUCAGACUUUUGUUUUUGCCACAGUCCCUGAUUAACAAACAUUAAACAUUAUGAGCUAUUCUAGGAAGCUACAUUUUAGCCUAUGGCUUGUGGACAGUUCUUUACAUCUGGGGCUUUAAAGUUCAUCUAUUUCCUUUUCAGCUAAGUUGUGUUGUACAGUCUGCAAGGGAAUAAUCUUAGGCUAAGGGUUUUAAGUAGCGAGCAACCAAGGACCCAGGUAAAUUAGAAUGAGGACCCAUAGACCGAGUCUUUGUGAGGCUUGGGUCUCAUUUGUCAGAAAGCCCAGAGAACAAGACAGUUCUGUGAACUAAGUACAAACAUUUAAUAGAUUAAUUGAAUUUUUUCACUUUCUUCUUUGUUGAUGUCAUCUGGUUUCAUGAUGCUGCUGUUAUUAACCUUACAAUUGCUGUUCAUUUGAGAUUAUCAUUACCAUGUAGAGUUAAUGAGUCAGUGAAGAUGAGAUGUUUCUUUUUUGUUUGCUUAUUUGUCUUUUACGUGGUAGAAGGAACUAUAAUAUAUUCUAAAAUGGAAAUCUAGGAUGUGCUUUAGUCUGUUCUUCCUCCUUUGGCAGUUGCCUAUUGAGGUCAGCUGAGAAAUCCCAACUCAUCCUUUAAGACUUAAAUGAAAUGUUACCUCCUUCUGGAGUUUCCUUGAAGCUAAUAGUAGAAUUGGUACUUUUUCUCUUCCAUGUUCCUUGUAGUAUUUUCCUUAGUUCUUUGUUAUAAGGUGGGGUUUGUUACAUUGCUGCAGCUAUUUACUACAUAUCACUUGAGAUUCACAAGACAAGGGUGUUUUUGUUGGUUUGUUUGUUUUUUUUACCUCUGUGGAUAAAUGGAGGAGUGCAUGGCAAAUGAAGGCACUUAAUACAUCAUGUUUGGUAAAUUAAUUACUGAAUGAAUGAAGACCCAGACAAUUGUUAUAGGUUCUAGUAAAUCACUAAUUACAUUUUAGAAAUUUGGAUAAAUUAGAGAAGUCUUAAGAACUUGGGGUUCUAGGGAAGACUCUAGGGAAGUAAAAGGAUGUAAAACAUAUUUUAAAAUCCAUAGUUAUUAUAUAUAGAUUCUGGACACGACACUUCCAAGUGAGGGAAGAUGAGAAGAGAUGGCUUAAACUAGUGAGAGUGACCCUUUUUUUCUUGUUGUUGAGAAGUAACAUGCCAUUUUUUAAUAAAAGACCAAUCUCUGAAAGUUCUUAUUCUGUUUUUGCCUUACUAGUUAUGUGUCUUUGAGUCUUAGUGUUCUCAUAGAUAAAACUAGGGUAAUAUCACCUUCUUUUCGAAUUGCAAAGGUUAAAUGAUGAUGUUGUAUGCAAAGUGCCCAGCAUGUAGUUAGAUAGAUGGUAGCCAUUAUUAGUGUUGAAUCAGAGAUGUCGCUAACUCCUAGAUUUGUGGUAUUUAUCAGUGAGCUACCUCCUAUUCCUUUUUCUAUCUUUUCAAAUGAGAUGGAAAUUCAUUUCCCAGAGAAUGUUCAAACAUGGGCAAAGACAGUAAAAACUCUGAGAUUCCUUACCAUCAUAGAAUCCUAUGACCAUGAUCAUCUUUGAAAUGAGCUUUGAUUUUUUUUUUAGAAGGAAAAUGUAUUGAAAUAAAAAAAAAUAGUUAUUGUUAUUUUCUAAAUGUUCUUUGACCCAGAGGGUAAUAAGGUGAGAUACACAUUUCUUAGGAUGCUCAUUGCAUUUAUAUGUUAUUUUUGCCCAUCUGUCAAUGAAUUAGUCUUUAAUUUGGGCUGAGCCAUUUUGGUAUUUCAAAACAAACAAACGUAUUCUGAAACAGCACAGAAAAAUGUCAUUAUAGAUUUUAAUAUGUUUACUAUGCUUUAUUUUGGAGGAUUUUGAUAUGCAAAGUUCCUAUUGAAAUGCAUAGGAGGUUGCCACCAUUGAUUUGAGUACUAAAAAUAAGAUGUAGUCAUUUUCUUCUUCCUCUCCCACCCCCCCUUUUUUUUUCUUGUUUGAGUAAUUGUAUGGUAGAGAACUAAAUGACAAGGAAAACAGAAUGCUAAAAAGCAACACUGGGUAAGCUGCCCAGGCUGGGCAAUCAUUACCGUGGACCCCAUCCAGCCCCAAAUAGCCUCGUUGAGCAUCUAAGCAAGAGCAGCUGUGGAGGCUUCUCCCUGAUACCAAGGGGGGACCCUCGGGGAAGCCACAGGAUGCCUUAGAGCUGCCAAGGGCCGACCUUUGCUGGGCAGCAGACACUGUCUCCUAGCAGCUUUUAUUUCUCCUAUAUGAAGUGUGCUGCUCUGGUUGGUGAAGACCAGCCUCUUUGCCCAGAUCUUCCUGAACUUGAUCUUUCUGAACUAGAUGUGAAUGACUUGGAUACAGACAGCUUUCUGGGUGGACUCAAGUGGUGCAGUGACCAAUCAGAAAUAAUAUCCAAUCAGUACAACAAUGAGCCUUCAAACAUAUUUGAGAAGAUAGAUGAAGAGAAUGAGGCAAACUUGCUAGCAGUCCUCACAGAGACACUGGACAGUCUCCCUGUGGAUGAAGACGGAUUGCCCUCAUUUGAUGCACUGACAGAUGGAGACGUGACCACUGACAACGAGGCUAGUCCCUCCUCCAUGCCUGAGGGCACCCCUCCGCCUCAGGAGGCAGAAGAGCCAUCUCUACUUAAGAAGCUCUUACUGGCACCGGCCAACACUCAGCUAAGUUAUAAUGAAUGCAGCGGUCUCAGUACCCAGAACCAUGCAAACCACAAUCACAGGAUCAGAACAAACGCUGCAGUUGUUAAGACUGAGAAUUCAUGGAGCAAUAAAGCGAAAAGCAUUUGUCAACAGCAAAAGCCACAAAGACGUCCCUGCUCAGAGCUUCUCAAGUAUCUGACCACAAACGAUGACCCUCCUCACACCAAACCCACAGAGAACAGAAACAGCAGCAGAGACAAAUGCACCUCCAAAAAGAAGCCCCACACACAAUCGCAAUCGCAACAUGUACAAGCCAAACCAACAACUUUAUCUCUUCCUCUGACCCCAGAGUCACCAAAUGACCCCAAGGGUUCCCCAUUUGAGAACAAGACUAUUGAACGAACCUUAAGUGUGGAACUCUCUGGAACUGCAGGCCUAACUCCACCCACAACUCCUCCUCAUAAAGCCAACCAAGAUAACCCUUUUAGGGCUUCUCCAAAGCUGAAGUCCUCUUGCAAGACUGUGGUGCCGCCACCAACAAAGAAGCCCCGGUACAGUGAGUCUUCUGGUACCCAAGGCAAUAACUCCACCAAGAAAGGGCCCGAGCAAUCCGAGUUGUAUGCACAACUCAGCAAGUCCGCUGUGCUCACCAGCGGACUCGAGGAAAGGAAGUCCAAGCGGCCCAGUCUACGGCUGUUUGGUGACCAUGACUAUUGUCAGUCGAUUAAUUCCAAAGCGGAAAUACUCAUUAAUAUAUCACAGGAGUUCCAAGACUCUAGACAACUAGAAUAUAAAGAUGCCUCCUCUGAUUGGCAGGGGCAGAUUUGUUCUUCCACAGAUUCCGACCAGUGCUACCUGAGAGAGACUUCGGAGGCCAGCAAGCAGGUCUCUCCUUGCAGCACCAGAAAACAGCUCCAAGACCAGGAAAUCCGAGCCGAGCUGAACAAGCACUUCGGUCAUCCCAGUCAAGCUGUUUUUGACGACGAAGCAGACAAGACCAGUGAACUGAGGGACAGUGAUUUCAGUAAUGAACAAUUCUCCAAACUACCUAUGUUUAUAAAUUCAGGACUAGCCAUGGAUGGCCUGUUUGAUGACAGCGAAGAUGAAAGUGAUAAACUGAGCUACCCUUGGGAUGGCACGCAAUCCUAUUCAUUGUUCGAUGUGUCUCCUUCUUGCUCUUCUUUUAACUCUCCGUGUAGAGAUUCCGUGUCACCACCCAAAUCCUUAUUUUCUCAAAGACCCCAAAGGAUGCGCUCUCGUUCAAGGUCCUUUUCUAGACACAGGUCAUGUUCCCGAUCACCGUAUUCCAGGUCAAGAUCAAGGUCUCCAGGCAGUAGAUCCUCUUCAAGAUCCUGCUACUACUACGAGUCAAGCCACUACAGACACCGCACGCACCGAAAUUCUCCCUUGUAUGUGAGAUCACGUUCGAGAUCGCCCUACAGCCGUAGGCCCAGGUAUGACAGCUACGAGGAAUAUCAGCACGAAAGGCUGAAGAGGGAAGAAUACCGCAAAGAGUAUGAGAAGCGGGAAUCUGAAAGGGCCAAACAAAGGGAGAGGCAGAGGCAGAAGGCAAUUGAAGAACGCCGAGUGAUUUAUGUUGGUAAAAUCAGACCUGACACAACACGGACAGAACUGAGGGACCGUUUUGAAGUUUUUGGUGAAAUUGAGGAGUGCACAGUAAAUCUACGGGAUGAUGGAGACAGCUAUGGUUUCAUUACCUACCGUUAUACCUGUGAUGCUUUUGCUGCUCUUGAAAAUGGAUACACUUUGCGCAGGUCGAACGAAACUGAUUUCGAGCUGUACUUUUGUGGACGCAAGCAAUUUUUCAAGUCUAACUAUGCAGACCUAGAUUCAAACUCAGAUGACUUUGACCCUGCUUCCACCAAGAGCAAGUAUGACUCUCUGGAUUUUGAUAGUUUACUGAAAGAAGCUCAAAGAAGCUUGCGCAGGUAACAUGUUCCCUGGCUGAGGAUGACAGAGGGAUGGUGAAUACCUCACGGGACAGCGCGUCCUUCCCUAACAGACUAUAUUGCAAGUCAUACUUAGGAAUUUCUCCUUACUUUACACUCUCUGUACAAAAGCAAAACAAAACAACAACAAUACAACAACAACAAUAACAAUGGUUUACAUGAACACAGCUGCUGAAGAGGCAAGAGACAGAAUGAUAUCCAGUAAGCACAUGUUUAUUCAUGGGUGUCAGCUUUGCUUUCCCUGGAGUCUCUUGGAGUGUGUGUGUGUGUGCUUGUGUGUGUGUGUGUCUGUGCACAUGUGCGUGUGCAAGCCUGGUUUAGGGGAAGUAUAUGUGUGUGCACGUGGGGACUGGAAGCACCUGACCAGAAUGUGCAAGGGCAAAACCACUUCAAAUGGCAGCAGUUCCAUGAAGACACACUUAAAACCUAGAACUUCAAAAUGUUCAUAUUCUAUUCAAAAGGAAAAAAUAUAUAUAUAUAUAUAUAUAAAUUAAAAAGGAAAGAAAACUAACCAACCAACCACAAACCGCCCUAAAACGACAGCCGCUGAUGUCGGGCAUCAGCCUCCGUACUCUGUUCUGUAAGAAAGUGCAAAAUCAACUCGAUGCAAGCUUUCUCUCGUAACGUAGUGAUUAUAUGACAAUCCUGAAGAAACCACAGGUUCCAUAGAACUAAUAUCCUCUCUCUCUCUCUUUUUUCUUUUUUUCUUUUUCCAUUUGCCAUGGAAUCUGGGUGGGAGAGGAUACUUGCGGGCACCAGAAUGCUAAACUUUCCUAACAUUUUGAAGUUUCUGUAGUUCGUCCUUUAUCCUGACACCCAUGUAAAUGUCCAAAAUGUUGAUCUUCCACUGCAAAUUUCAAAAGCCUUGUCAAUGGUCAAGCGUGCAGCUUGUUCAGCGGUUCUUUCUGAAGAGCGGACAUGGUGUUACAUUACUAAUGAGAGUUGGGUAGAACUCUCUGGGAUGUGUUCAUAUAGUGUAAUUGCUACAUUCUCUGAUGUAGUUAAGUAUUUACAGAUGUUAAAUGGAGUAUUUUUAUUUUAUGUAUAUACUAUACAACAAUGUUCUUUUUUUGUUACAGCUAUGCACUGUAAAUGCAGCCUUCUUUUCAAAACUGCUAAAUUUUUCUUAAUCAAGAAUAUUCAAAUGUAAUUAUGAGGUGAAACAAUUAUUGUACACUAACAUAUUUAGAAGCUGAACUUACUGCUUAUAUAUAUUUGAUUGUAAAAAAAAAAACAAGACAGUGUGUGUGUCUGUUGAGUGCAACAACAACAAAAUGAUGCUUUACGCACAUCCAUCUCUUCUUAGGUGAGCUUCGAUCUAAGCAUCUUGUCAAGAAAUAUCCUAGUCCCUAAAGGUAUUAACCACUUCUGCGAUAUUUUUCCACAUUUUCUUGUUGCUUGUUUUUCUUUGAAGUUUUAUACACUGGAUUUGUUAGGGGAAUGAAAUUUUCUCAUCUAAAAUUUUUCUAGACGAUAUCAUGAUUUUAUGUAAAGUCUCAAUGGGUAACCAUUAAGAAAUGUUUUUAUUUUCUCUAUCAACAGUAGUUUUGAAACUAGAGGUCAAAAAUCUUUUUAAAAUGCUGUUUUGUUUUAAUUUUUGUGAUUUUAAUUUGAUACAAAAUGCUGAGGUAAUAAUUACAGUAUGAUUUUUACAAUAAUUAAUGUGUGUCUGAAGACUAUCUUUGAAGCCAGUAUCUCUUUCCCUUGGCAGAGUAUGAUGAUGGUAUUUAUCUGUAUUUUUUACAGUUAUGCAUCCUGUAUAAAUACUGAUAUUUCAUUCCUUUGUUUACUAAAGAGACAUAUUUAUCAGUUGCAGAUAGCCUAUUUAUUAUAAAUUAUGAGAUGAUGAAAAUAAUAAAGCCAGUGGAAAUUUUCUACCUAGGAUGCAUGACAAUUGUCAGGUUGGAGUGUAAGUGCUUCAUUUGGGAAAUUCAGCUUUUGCAGAAGCAGUGUUUCUACUUGCACUAGCAUGGCCUCUGACGUGACCAUGAUGUUGUUCUUGAUGACAUUGCUUCUGCUAAAUUCAAUAAAAACUUCAGAAAAACUUCCAUUUUGAGCAUCAGGAUUUCAUCUGAGUGUGGAGUCCCGGGAAUGGAAUUCAGUAAAGUUUGGAGUGUGUAUUCAAGUUUCUAAAUUGAGAUUUGAUUACUGUUUGUCUGACAUGACUUUUUUGGGAGACAUGUUAUCCCUACUACUUAAUUGUUCUUUUCCUUUCUCUCACCCUACACGAUCUUAUAAGAUGGAUUUCACCCCCAGGCCAAUGCAGCUAAUUUUGAUAGCUGCAUUCAUUUAUCACCAGCAUAUUGUGUUCUGACUGAAUCCACUGUCUGUCCUGUCGGAUGCUUGCUUGAUUUUUUGGCUUCUUAUUUCUAAGUAGAUAGAAAGCAAUAAAAAUACUAUGAAAUAAAAGAACUUGUUCACAGGUUCUGCGUUACAACAGUAACACAUCUUUAAUCCGCCUAAUUCUUGUUGUUCUGUAGGUUAAAUGCAGGUAUUUUAACUCUGUGUGAACGCCAAACUAAAGUUUACAGUCUUUCUUUCUGAAUUUUGAGUAUCUUCUGUUGUAGAAUAAUAAUAAAAAGACUAUUAAGAGCAAUAAAUUAUUUUUAAGAAAUCAAUAUUUAGUAAAUCCUAUUAUGUGUUCAAGGACCAGUGCGUUCUCUAUUUUGCCUUUAAAUUUUUGUGAUCCAAUUUUAAAUACAUUCUCCUUUUUGCCCUGGAUCGUUGACAUGAGUGGAACACUUGGUUUCUUUUCUUACUUAUCAAAAGACAAUACCACAGAUAUCAUGUUGAGGAUUAAUUUAUCCCCCCUCUGGCCUGACAAAUAUUGUUACCAUGAAGAUAAUUUUCCUCAGUGGACUUCAAAUUGCAUCUAAAAUUAGUGGAGCUUUUGUAUCGUAUGCAGACACUGUGGGUAGCCCAUCAAAAUGUAAACUGUGUCCUCUUUAGUUUUAUUUUUGGUUUUUGUGGGAGAGAAUAUUUCGAAUAAACACAUACACCCCAUCAUCACUGGAGGCAAAUUUCAGCAUAGAUCUGUAGGAUUUUUAGAUGACCAUGGGCCAUUGCCUCAUGCUGUGGUAAGUACCACAUCUACAAUUUUGGUAACUGAACUGGUGCUUUAGAAAUAUGGUUUUUGUUUUUUUUUUAAAAGAGAUGUAGCCAAAUAACUCUUCCAGUGCAACAAAAUCAAUUUUUGCUAAACGACUCCAAGAACAAUGGUUGGGCUGUCAACAUUCAAAGCAGCAGAGAGGGAAUUUGCACUAUUGGGGUAUGAUGUUCGGGUCAGUUGAAAAAAGGAAACCUUUUCAUGCCUUUAGACGUGAGCUUACAGUAGGUAAUGAUUAUGUGUCCUUUUUUGAUGGCUGUAACGAGAACUUCAAUCACUGUAGUCUAAGACCUGAUCUAUAGAUGACCUAGAAUAGCCAUGUAAUAUAAUGUGAUGAUUCUAAAUUUGUACCUAUGUGACAGACAUUUUCAAUAAUGUGAACUGCUGAUUUGAUGGAGCUACUUUAAGAUUUGUAGGUGAAAGUGUAAUACUGUUGGUUGAACUAUGCUGAAGAGAGAAAGUGAGCGAUUAGUUGAGCCCUUGCCGGGCCUUUUUUCCACCUGCCAAUUCUUCAUGUAUUGUUGUGGUUUUAUUCAUUGUAUGAAAAUUCCUGUGAUUUUUUUUAAUGUGCAGUACACAUCAGCCUCACUGAGCUAAUAAAGGGAAACGAAUGUUUCAAAUCUA